CGUAUAAUAUUAGACAAGGGUACCGUCACUUGUCAAUGCCACUGUCAAACAUAAACAUUGAGGAAGUUUCUAAAAACUUGAAAAUAACACCUGAAAUUCAUUUUUUGAAACCGAGUUUCAAGUACAAAGUUGUAAUUGCAGUUAGUACCUUGAAAGUGCUGUGCGUUCUACCCAUUCCAAGUUGCUGUAUUCAUCGGUCAUAACCUUACAUGACCUGUCACAUAAAGUGUUAUUAAAAUAAGCUUAUUAUCGUAUUAUGAUCAAUCAACAAAUUACCAACAUAGUGGCUGGGAAGUGAUAUACACUUACUCCAACCUCAUUGUUUACAUUAGUUAAUCUAUCAUGUACCAAAUCAGUUUAUCCUGCUGAGGUAACGUAAGAUGUUUAGUUCAGCGAUUAAAGGAAAUCAAAGGUGUAAUGGUUUAUAUUCCUCACCUCAAGAAACAUCAGUAGGCAGCAAAGUUAUCAACAAUACAACAAAACAUUACAACAAUACUACUUAUAAGUUAGUAAAUAAAAUAGAUAGAAAAGAUGUAUAUAGUAAUAGCAAGAAAGGCAUUGAGCGGCAGAGGACUGUGCCUAUUACCUUUCACAAUUCAAAGCCUUUCAAUGGCAAUAGUACAGCGAACGAGGUGACAAAGCCCCCAUUUGGAAAAGUCUUUGAAGAUAAAGUAGCAAACCACAGUAUUAUAGGUUUAAAUGAUUCAAGUACCCCCAAACCACCAUUAGUUUUGGAGCAAAAAGUGAAAAAAGAAAUCAAAUCCACACAUCAUGAAACAUUGCAGCGGAUAGAAAGUGAGACUGAUGAAUACAAUUACUACCAACAGCAUUGGUUCAGUCCUAGUUUAGAGAAAAUGAAAUUAGAAGACAGAUCUCGCGAGGAGCGAAUUGAAAUAACACGGCACGAGUUCCUACGCAAGCUACAGCAAAUGCUACGCAGUAACGUUGGUAAACCGAACAAAAUGCCUAGUUGGAUUGAGAGGCGGCGGGACAAAGUUGUGACCAAACUAAAUAAGCGAAAAGACGGCAACGUUAAUGUGCCUCCCCCAAAACUGUGCGAAGUUAAUGAAUGUGGAAAGCCAUCAAUGAUAUUUUCAAAGUACUGUGCAGUGCACAUCAUGUACGACAGUAGGCAGGUGCUCUUCGAUUAUUGCACCGCUAAAUUUGCCGAUAACACUCAGUGCUCCCUUCCGGUGUUUGACAUAUCUCACGAGCUCCCUUUAUGUGCUGAACACGCACGAAAACGAGAUAACUAUAGACUAUACCAGGAGGCCAAGCCAAAGAAGAUCAGGAAAAAGGUAAAACCCUCGGCAAUGAUCAGACCACAAAAGCGCAACAAGAAGAAAAGAAAACCACCGCCGCCCAAGCAAACUGAAACCCUCACUAAUUCGAGUUCAAUAAUGAGUGAGAUUAAUACAAAUUCAAAUGAAUUAGUUACACAAAUCGAGACAACACCUUCACCAGAACUCGAAGACCUUCACAUGGUAGACCAAGUGUUAGCCCUUAAUGAAAACGGCCUAGAGCAAGCGCUGGUAAGUCAAGCGCAUUUGCUCGAAGAAACCGACAUCACCAACGUAUUAAGCACCAUUCAGGUGGAUGAGUUCAGUGAUUUCUUUGCAGUAAAUCGAAACGGGGAAUAUGAACCUUCGAGAGAGGAGGCGGAAGAACUGGAAAAGGCGUUGGCCGCAGUGGAUAAUGACGUGAAGUCUUUGGAAAAGCUGAGUCAAUCGCACGGACUUCUCGACUCUUUCUUAGAUGAACACGCCUUAACAGACUCGCUUGCCCAAAUUCCGGAGAUGAUGUUUCACAAUGGGUAUGCGGCAUGUGGCGACAGCAUAGUGGCACAAAGCAGUUCCUAUUUAUUACCGGUUGAGCCACAUUCACACUCAUAAACUUCAUUACAAAAGUGAUCUAAAUUAAAUCGAGCCGUCACCGUUAACAGAAUGCCGUACCUUUAUUAGUUCAAAUUAACGAACAUGAAAUGAUGUGUCGUUUAGGUGUUUUACUUGUAAAAGUGUUUCAUGUUUCCAUGUUUCAAAAUUAACAUUGUAGCAUUAAACAAUCGAUUAAGUCUAAUAAUUUAGCAGCUAACCGAGCAGGUAUUUUUGUAAAAAUUCCCAUUUGCUUUUGAGAAAAGACUAUUGUACCUAGUACAUGCUUCUUUGUACGAACUAUAGUGCUAUUUUUUUUAGUUUAUUUUUUUUAUUUUUUUUAAAUAUUUUUUGUAUAUACUAUCUUAAUUCUCCAAUUGAAGGAAGACAUCAUGCAACUUUAGCUUCUAGUGCGAUUUAUGAAUUAUGAUUGUAAGUUAAUUUUCUAAAGGUGGCAUUUAGAUUCCUAUGUGCUCUGUAUAUAUUCCUACGAAUAUAUGCUUACAUUUAGAUGCGAAUUAUAAGCUCUAAGACGAGUAUAAAAAUGAUCAACAAAUACUAUUCUAAAACGCCUGGGUCUGCAAUACAUUUAUAAUAAUUAGGAAUAAUGCAAUUGCUUAAAUAAUAACCAUUCCUGAAGUUAGUAUUGUAUACUACUUAAAGCGUUUUUACAAACAUACCUGUUUAGUCGUCGUUGUUAAAGUUCAAUACAGUUUUCAAGACUGUAAUUGGUUUUGCGUGAAAACAUUAGUGAAUAAUGUUAUUAUAUGUAUUUACUUCCAUUUGAGGAUCAUAAUUUUUAGAUGUAGGACUAGUCGAUUAAUAAAGGUAAAAAAAAAGAAAUUAGAUAACCUUCGUCUUUCUGGUGGAAAUGAAUAAAUAAUGGUUACAUAGAGUUCAUUAAGUACAAAAUAUUGCAUUAUGCAUUACCAUGACAUUAAUUAAGGGCUUCAAAAGUAGCUGAUUGUUAGGAUUCAUUUUUUUAUUGCAAUUAUCACAUUUACUUAGCCUGUUUGCCAAUUUCAAAGCUCCGUGCAUCAACGGUAGCGGGUAAUGUAUAAUGGAUACAACCACUGGCCGCGUUUACAGUAAAAAAUGAAUAAUGGUUAAACAGAUAAAACAGGUAAAAUAGAAAACACAAGUUAACUGACCAAACCCUGCUUAAAACGAUACGUUUAUCGUCUCCACGUUUUACAAUCAUUAACUUUACAUUAAAUCCCAGAUAUCAAAAAUUACGUUUAAGAAAUAAUUUUAGCAAAAUUUCUGUCGCUUAAAGAAGAAGACUGAUUAGAUAUAACGAUUUAGUGUGUCGCUGUGAGGUAGCAACGUCUAUAAGUUAUUUAUAUUUAGGAAAAAUUAAAGAAAAAUUGCAAAGAGAGCACCGAUUACAGUCUUAAAUCUGGAUGUGGCUUCAUUUUUGACCAAUAAUUUUUCAAUUAGCUUCGGUAUUUAAAAUAUCUUAAUAACAAUCAUAGACUUGAUUUAAAGCUGUGACAGGCAAUGUGUUUAAGUUAAGGAGAGUUAGUAGUAAUAUUUUAAAGUAUUUUAUGCAUAUUCUAGAGUUAAUUUUCCUUCAAUACAAAAUCUCCAAUUCUUUUUAAAAGUUAAUAGCAUUUUCGUUCUUAUUUUAGGUCCGGAAAUGUUCGGUCAGUAAAUCGAAUCAAUUUGAGUUCAGGAUAUGUUUCACAAUUAUUUCGGGAAAUACUGUUGCAAAAAUUAUUAAGAAAAAACGUCUAAAAUACUAACUAAUAUUUAACAAAAUUUUCGGAAUGUACGAUACGAUCAUUUCGCUCCUUGUCUUGGACACAGUGUUUAGGUAACACAAAGGGCAUAUUUAAAUAUAAGUUAUGAACAUUUAAAGGAUAGAUAUCACGUAUUCGAAAAAAUUUACAAGCGUCUCUCCUCUAAUAAGAGGCACAUAGAUUUUAUAUAUGUGUGCGCACUACUGCAAGUUUUUUUUCAUUUUCAUUGUUUCUAAUGAAAUAAGGAAGCCUUAGAAAUAUGGUUAACGAUGCAUUUUUAAGGAUCUUUAAGUUGCUUUAAAUUUCGUAUUUAUUGUGGACUUUUUUACCGCUGUCGUAUUGCGGCAGAUUACUACUUUAUAAUAUUUGCUAAAUGUGGGAAAUUCCAUAUUUUAACCAUUACUUCAGUUGCUAUAAAAAAGGUGUUUCUCUUUUUUUUUUAAGUUGUGUUCGUCCAACACCUGUGGAAGUUGUAAUAACUUGUAAUAUUAUUACGAGUUCACGACUAAUAGUUAUUUGAAUAACACCAUAAUAAAGAUAAUUAUGAUCAGUAGAAUAGGAUAAAACUGUCUUCACCUAUGUAUUGUCUUGCUCUAACAGUUAUUUCGAAUACAAAAUCCUUCAAUAAUUGCAUGUUCCAAUCCUGAAUAUUUCUGUAACACCCUGUAAAUUAGUCACUACAAGAUUACUAAUUGGCAACAUGAUCACACAACGCUACUGCGCUUCUAGAUGUAACAGCCUUUAAAUGUUCUUAAUUAUUUCAGCCUGCAUACAAAAAAAAUUAGUAAAUAUUAUUAAUUGCAUGAGAACGAAAAAUGCUCAUUAUCAAUUGAUCAAAAAUGAAGCCAACAGGCUCGAAUAAGCCGACUUUCUGUUUUAAAAACACUGUCUUAGUUGUGUAAAAAAUAGUGUUGUUGUCAACAAUGUUAACCUUGCUCAGGAAAUUUCGGUGUAUAGUACACAAUAAGUAGUUGUUUAUGAAACUGAAGCUUUUUAACUAUUAUUAUAGAUAAUAUGUUGUUUAUGUGAAGUAGUUUUAGUAGAUAUGGCAUGCUAUAGAACACUUUAACCUUAGGUUGUAACGUCAGAAGGAAGAAGGAAUAACUGCCUUCGAGCAAGUCUGACUUGUUCGAUUAUUUCAGAUGUAAUGGCAUUGCAAUAUGUUCAAAAUGUUAAGUAACUAUAGUAGUUUUGUUCUUUGAAGUUUCAAACAUAUUGCCUUAAGGAAGGUAAACAGGCUGUCAACGUUAUACACCGUGAUUUAGUCCUAUAGCGUCAUUUGGGCCUUUCUAUUAAAACAUCUAAAACCCCUUGAUGUUCAAUUGCUUUUUACAUAACCGUAACCCAAGAAUCACCAUGUUCUUGAACAUUUUGUAGAUAUAAUUACUAACCUUUUUUGCACCGUCUAAUGUAAGUAGAACAACUUUAUAAAUAUUUUUAGUUUUAAUAAAAGUAUUUAUUUUUGUAUUUAGUCUAGCGCUUAACUUUAAGGGCUCUUAAAUUGAACAUUUUUUGUAAGAAGUUGAUCUAUGCGUUUGUAAUACAAAUACAAACUAUUUGCUUUAGACGAAAAGCCAUUAAUCUGAACUUUGACACGAGCUAAAUUGAUUUAUUAAAAACGAAAUACACCACCGAGUGAUUUUUCUAAUGUACUAUUUAAGCAAAUGUGGUUUCAUCCAAUCAUUUUUUAAUUUUACUUCAUUUGGGAAUUAUCUGUAAUUUUGUAAAUAUUCAUCUAUGAUUAGUUCAUUUGUCGCACUUUUUAAUGUACAGUUUUUUAUAGUCAGUGAUUAAAAAUCAAGUGAAUUGAUAA